AAUACAUUUAUUGAGUUGCGGAUGGCGGUAGUGUUAUCAGGUGACCAUGAAAUAGAGCUGGUGCCCGCUGUCAACCAUGAGACGGAGAAGACUGAAACAAUAACUCCACCUCCUGUUGCUGAAGGACCUCGUCUCAUACAAGUCACUAACCUUAGUGUAAAAGCAACAGAUAAACAGAUAGAAGAGCUCUUCCAGCAGAUAGGUCCAAUUGACCAUGUUGAGAUAUUCCCAAAAGACAAGCACAGAAACAAGUUCGGGGUGCUAGUGGCGUACCUAGAGUUUGAGAGUCCACAGUAUGUGUAUAUUGCCCAGCACAUGACUAGUACCGUCUUCAUUGAUAAACCUAUCGUAAUUGUACCCGUUUCCGUGAUACCCUCAGAAUACGAGAUACUACAACUAGCGGCCGCCAUGUCCACCACCAAACAACAACAAGAUAAUAUCCUGACGGGAGAUAAUAAGGGAGAGGUGAAGCAGCUGGUUUCUACUAUUGCUCCUACUAUUCCAUCUCAUAUCGCUAAUCCUGUCCUCGGGAAUAAACCUCAGCCUAGUUUGCUUGUAGCAGGGUUGAGUCAGACCAAGGAGCUAUGUGAUUCCUCUCAGAAAUUGGCUUCAAAUUAUCGACUUAUCGCAGCUACUGGGGUCCCCAUGCCUAUCGCUCCCAAACUAGUCGAAGAUUACACCAUGCAAAAGGAGCGGGAAGCUCGGAGGACUGUGUACGUCGACAACCUGGACCCAUUUUUAACUGCUGAACAUAUCCUGAACUACUUCCAGUUUUGCGGUGAUAUCAGAUAUCUUAGAAUAGGUGGCGAUUGGAUGGAGAAAAAGAGGUUUGCCUUUAUAGAGUUUUUUGAUCUUGCCUCAGUGAACGUGGCCCUACAGUACGACGGAGCCGACUUUUGUAACAUGCAGAUAAGAGUCAUCCACAGUCGACACUGGCUCGGGAAGCCUCCUACAAAGCAAACGGAAGCUGAACGGGAGAAGGACCUGCUGAUGAAACGUCUGCUCGAUGCCCAGACUCUUAUUGCAAACGCUGUUAAUGAAGAAUCUAAUCCGACGGUUGCUCCGGCGGAGGCUGAAGGAUCUCCAAAACGGAAGCGUUCUCGGUCCGGUAGUAAAUCCAAACGGAGAAGACACCGAUCUCGUGAUAGAAAGAAGUCACGUGAUAGAUCGAAGUCGAGAAAGAAGAAGUCCAUUCGACGAUCGAAAGACAGAUCACGAUCAAAAGAGAAAAAAGCCAGAUCUGGAUCCCGCCAUCGGCGGUCACGGUCACGAGAUCGGAAAUCAAAGUCACGGGAACGCACAUCGAGGUCACGUGACCGUAAGAGGCGAACUAGAAGCAGAUCCAGAGACAAAAGACGCUGAGCAGCACAUCACCCUGAUCACAUUUUAUUAAAAUAAACUGGUUUAAACGCUUUAAGUUUAAUACACGUUUGAAUUCUCCCAACACUGUUCAUUAUUGAAAGUGUGAACUUUAGAUAUUUGUAAAUUGAUUAAUAUAGCCCGGAUACCAGAUUGUUAGCAUUUCUAUUUAAGCUUUAGAAAUUAUAGCAUUUUAACGUGACCUUCUUUACACAGUUACAUAAGAAUUUAGAGUCGUUCAAGUAGAAUCAAGAUCAGAACGUUGCACUAGCUGUUGUUUAGAUUUUAUUUCUAUCAACAAUUAACGGAGACGAGAAGAUUUGAAAUUUUUAAUUACUUUGCAAUUUGCGAUGCGUGAUGUUGUCAUUAAUCAGUAGGCAGAGGGUUGAUGGUUUUUGCUAAUAUUGACAUACUGAUGCUAUGCAUGAAAAUGAUAAUAAAGGAAAAGUAAGUGCUUCUACUAUCAAAAUCAGUUGUGUUAUUUAUUUAUUUUACUCUUUUCAUGACUGGCGAUUAAA